AUGGUGGAUGCCACCCCUUCUAUUACUGACCCGAAAAACCCUCCUGUAACGCUCUCGACCGAUGUACAGCUCAGCUAUAAGAGUAAAGCCCAUGUCCACCUCUAUAUACCAGUCAACCCCCCCAAAGACACCAAGCUGCCACUCAUUAUCUACUUACAUGGAGGUGAUUUUGUGUUGUUUAGUACAUUGACUGUCAUUUUUCAUAACUAUUGUAAUAAUAUCGCCUCACAGUUCCCCGCAGUGGUGGUAUCUGUCGAGUGCUGGCUGGCCCCCGAAAACUGCCUUUCAACAGCUUCUGAUGAUGCCAUGAAUGCCAUCUUUUGGAUUAAGAACUAG